CAUCGAGCGAGAUUUGAAAAAGGACUUAUUUCGCCACUUUGUGCGGUCCAAAUACGCUAACUCCUCCGAGGUUUCCCGAAAUUUAAUUACCCAGUUUGCCGACGAUUUGGAUGAAAUUGCGUAUAGAACCGCCCCGCGGCUCUUGGUAAUUAUGUUAGGCUUGUUUGCCGUUUUGUUUGUGGUUGAAAUUAUGCUCUUCAAAAGAGCCAGCAAAUUAAAUUUAGCAGCGAAAAAAAGACAAGAAGAAGACAAUAAAAUCAUUUACGAACGAAUUAACAAUUUGGAGUAUAUUAAGGCGGUUUCGGGGGAAAAGUAUGAAGAAGAAAGAGUUGACCGACAACUGGACUCAACUUUUCGUCGGAACAAAAAAUCACUCUGGUUUAGCACGAUGUUUAAGGCGGUUCCUCAAUAUGUGGUUAUUCCGAAUAUUCCGAUUAUUUUUAUGGCAUUGACCUUGGUUUUUUACUCCACAGAUCCAAAAAUGGACUCGGUGUUCCUAAUUGGCAAUUUUGUUCGAUACUUUUUUUCAGUAAGAAGUCUAAAUAAUGAAGUUAAUAAAAUAAUUGAGGCAAUGCUAACUCUGGAUGAACUUUCCAGCAGCCUAACCAUCGUUAAUGAGAGUGCUAAAACUUUAAAUCGUCAAACUGUUCCAAACGCACCGAGUGUUCCGACCCGAAAUCUUCCCUUCAAGAACGGCGAUAUAAUUUUUCAAAAUGUAGUAUUUGCCUAUCCUAAACGGCCUCGCCAAAGCAUUUUACGAAAUUUUUCUUUCACUUUUCAGCAAGGAAAAAUUUAUGGCAUUGCUGGCAAAAAUGGGAUUGGUAAAAGCACGAUCACCAAAACUACUCUCAAACUUUAUGAUUUAAAGGAGGGACAGAUUUUUGUUGGGGAACAUAAUAUCCAGGAAAUAGAUACUAUUAGCCUCCAUCAACAUGUUUGCUAUCAAACUAACCAUCCGACCUUUUUCCGAAUGAGUAUUGCGGAGAAUGUUUAUUAUCCCAAUAAAUAUGACAAAAAAGAUUAUAAUAAACUGGUGCGAGCAGCCAAAAAAGUUGGAAUUUAUGAAUUUAUUACUAAACUACCGCAAAGAUUUGAUACCGUUUUAAGAGAAGGGGGUAGCGACCUUUCGGAAGGACAGAAACAGCAAAUUUCCGCCAUGAAAAUGUUUAUUAAUGACUAUGAUAUUUACAUUUUGGACGAAAUAUUAAGCAAUGUUCAUCCUAAUCUAAAAGGAAAUAUUUUAAGCAAUAUUUUUGUGAAAUUAAAAGGCAAAACGGUCUUGGUAAUUGACCAUCAUUAUGAAAUAUUUCAAUAUGUUGAUUAUGUUUAUCAAUUUACGGGUGAAAGGCUAAUUAAAGAUAAGGAAAAAAACGGUCAAAAGUUUCAGUUAUUUUUUCCUGAAAAUCAUUCCGCUGCCAAUAACCUGCUCAGUGCAAAAAUAAGGCCAAACUCCAAAAAGAGCGGAAUUUUUUAUUUAAUUGAAAUGGAGAAUAUACCAUUAGAAAAACACGUUAGUGCAGUUGACGCCAAUGCUAAACAACUAAAACUAACCGACUCAAUUACCAUUACGCCAGUUGAUAAUAGUGUUUAUUUAGAGAAAUUACAAUUUGAAAAAUCCUACUCUGAAAGAUAUUUAGCCGAACUCCAAGCCGAGCAGGGUCCGGAAGAAGAAAUUGCUAACACUAAAAGGCGAAUUAAAGAAUGUGAGGAAGAAAUUCAAGAGGAAAAGAAUUGA